UUAGCUUUACCUGCUCGAUUUAUUAUUAGCUAAAGUUGCGAAACACUCUAUAAGUGCUUUGCUGUAAUUAAUAAACUCAACAGUUCAAAGCUUCUGUUACCAAUAUACGAUCUCGAGUUAUUUAACCUUCGAAACAACAUCGAGGUAAUUACGAUCUUCUGCCGGUAAAAAAAUGAGGAAUCACCGCGAAAGUUACGAAUCCGAGGCCGAUGAGAACGGCAACAAUAUGGCGUCUGAUUUCUAUGAGAGAAGUGGCGUGAACGAGCCGGGAAAAUUCCCAAAGGUUUGGCGGGAUCAACCAAAGCCAAGAGUAAAAAAACGAAUCAGUGACUUCUCGGUUAAAUAUCUGCUUGAUCAGAAUGUUACUUCACCAACCGACAGCGGUUACGGCAGCGGGAGUCCAAGUCCAGACCAGAAUAUGAUCUCAAACUCGAUGACGUCACCGGUGCUUCAUAAAACCGCUAGUGGUGCUAGAGAGUCGGAUAGCAAGGAUGUUGGGUUUUGUGAAGAAUCUGCUGCAGUGCCUGAUGUGCAUAAAUAUUACCAGAAUGUUCUAUUUGCAAUGAACUCGCAUUUCUUACACCAACAUCGGGCCGCACCUGAGGUACCUGCGGGGUUUGCAAGCUCUGGUUUCCCGCCGCAUUAUCUUUACACGCCCGAACCGAAAGCUCACUCGCCGCAGCGACCGACCAGAAUACCUUCUACCGAUGAGAGACGACAAGAACAAAAGAGAAACCACCCACAUCACGAGCAUUCGCAUAGAAUGAACUUUGCUUCUUUAAAAUCUCCAUCCAACACAAGCUUACCGUCGAAGACACACAGCACCCAACCCCCUGUAAUACCAUACAACAUUCCCAACCCCAUACCAGGUAUGCCGGCACCAACAUUUCGACCCGACUACUACAUGAUGCAGAUGGGGAAGUUAUUAUGGGAGAACGCGGUGCGGAAAGCGGCGAUCGCUCCUUCUACCAACCAAAGUAACUUCAAUUCAACUUACGCGGAAAGAUUACAGAAAUAUAUGUGCGCGGUUGCAAGUGGAAGGCCAGAUCUAAUCAACCCGGCCAUGUUUCCAAUGCAAAGUUCUCCCUGUCAAAGAACAGAAGAACCCAAAACCCAUCGUUAUACAGAAAAUCUAAGCCCUCAUUUAAAUGACAUCCCUCCCUCUCGACGUUCCGUGUCUCCACAGCGACACCAUGCGGAUACAUUAACCGGGAAAGCUUUUGUUGAAAUCAAAAAUGAAUCUUUGUCGCCUUCGAGUAUUCCAAGCGUUUCACCGCAUUCAACAUACAGCGAACACCACCAGUCAACUAAUGUAUUGCGCUGCAAACGAGGUCCGAAUUCUGGCUACAAGUCCCUGCCUUAUCCCCUCCGCAAAGAAAACGGAAAGAUUGUGUACGAAUGCAACGUUUGCUAUAAGAGGUUCGGACAGCUGUCCAAUUUAAAAGUUCAUCUACGAGUUCACACCGGCGAGCGUCCGUUCAAAUGCGCUACUUGUUCAAAAGGCUUCACACAGUUGGCUCAUCUACAGAAACACAACCUUGUACACACUGGUGAAAAACCACACGAAUGUAAUGUCUGUAACAAACGCUUCAGCUCGACGAGUAAUCUCAAAACUCACAUGAGACUCCACAACAGUAACGAAUACACAUGUGCUGGGUUAAACUCAAUGCUCGGUAAUGUCCCAUCGUCACUUCAGUCUGCACUACACUUUCAUACGGGCCAAUCACCGUCGCUGAGGAGAUGGUAUUAGCCAAUCAAACUUGGUUAAUUAAAAAUUCAAUUUUGGGAAGAAUUGGACAUGAGAAUAAAACAACUACACCCAUUGGCCUUGUUCCGUUUGUUUCAAAUAUGUUUUAUGCGCAUCUUCAAAGCAUAUGUUCAAAUAGGUAUAUAAUGAAUUGGUCACAACCGCCUGAUGUGAAUUAGUGGAGAAAUUGGUCCGAAAAGUUUUUGUUGCUUUUUUUUGAAUAAUAAAAAUAAAACUUCUAAACAAA